CACACACACACACACACACACACAUACACUGCAGGAGCCUGUUGGACAGCCAUAAUGAACCCCAGACCUUCAGUGGAGUGGACCAUUGUCACCGUCUCCAUCUAUGGGAAACUUGCCGUGCCCCUCGCUGCUGAGCCUGGACCUGAGCUGUUGGUUGGAUUUUUCUGUUGAUCUCGACGCAGGAUAGAGUUCAGGGGGAGGAUGACGAUUGAGCUGCAAAGCCCUGAGGAUGGUGGAGGUGGUGGUGGCCAUGUGGACAUACUGAGCACAGAGGAGCUGGAGUGUAAGAUCUGCUACUGUGCGUACAACCUGACAAGUCGUAGGCCAAAGGUGCUCGAGUGCUGCCAUCGUCUGUGCGCCAAAUGCCUCGCUAAGAUCCUGGACCUGGGUGAGUCACCUCCCAAUGCUGUUGUGUGCCCAUUCUGCCGCUACAUAACCAGACUGCCUGGAGAGGCGGUGAGCAGCCUGCCAGAUGACUGCAACCUGGUGGCGGCACUGGCCCUCCAAAGCAGGAAUCAAAGGAACCUGCACUUCCACCAGGAGGCGACCACGGAGCUGCUCCUCAGCCCCAGGCGCCUGAGCUCGCUGAUGGGCAGCAACCUACCUGUGAUGCCCCCUUCCUCCUCCUCAUCUGCGUCUUCUUCCUCCACCACCUACUCCUCCAUUCGAGGGUCCCCUAACUUUGUGGUCAUUACCAUCAUGGAGCCUCCGCCAAUGCCUAUUUCCACACAGGACCUCCACCUCCACCACCAGCCACAUGGAUCUCACACAUCAAACCGAGGCUACCGCUCAUCAAGUCUGGACUCCAUGGCGUCCAUCACGCAGAGGUGGACGGUGUGGAACUGUGCGGCCCUCCUGUGCCAGACCUCGGCUCGGGCUCUGGUGUGGGUGCUAGGGCUGCUGUACUUCAGCUCACUGCCCAUGGGGGUUUACCUGCUCAUCAUGCAGAGGACAACGCUCGGGGUGCUGCUGGUGAGCCUGGUUCCUGCCAGCCUUGUCAUGAUCAUGGUGUACGGCUUCUGCCAGUGUAUCUGCCAUGAGUUGUGGGACUGCAUGCCUCCGUAAUGGGACCAGAUGAAUGGGCAAUGGUUUGCUUUGAAUAUGCUUGACGAUGGAUCUCCAGAAUUCACUAAUGGGGAUGUUACUGUGUAACUGACCAUGGAAACACUUCAAUAGCAGAAAAAAAUGCUCCUUUUCUUUAUUGGAGAAGAGAGCAAGCACAUUCUGUACAUUACAAAUGGAGCUCACAGUUUGGGGCUUUUCAUUAUUAUACAUGUUAAUUUGUGCUUUGUUUAGCUUGGUAGCUGACUAAUUACCUGAUAGAGCUCAAAGUGUCAGAUUUAGCUGAAACUUUAAUGCCAGUUCUGGUGGAAUCUGCUAAAUAUUAUGCAUAUCGGCCGACUGUUGUAGUGAGAAACCUGAAGGUAUUUAAGGUGUUAAUAAUUACUGUCUCUGACACCUGUGGAUCUCAUUUGUUUCAGAUUGUGUUACAGCCAUAAAA